CGUGUGGUGGCGGAGCAGCUCCAUCCAGCUCCAUCUCUCGGACGGCACCACUCCCGCCCCGCCUCGCCUCUCCGCAGACGCACUCGGGCGUCCUGGGAAACACGCCGCGUCUGACAGAAUGAACGGCUACGGGUCCCCCUACCUGUACAUGGGGGCUCCGGUGUCUCAGCCCCGGGCCCCGCUCCAAAGGACCCCCAAGUGCGCGCGGUGCCGGAACCACGGCGUGCUGUCGUGGCUCAAAGGUCACAAGCGCUACUGCCGCUUCAAGGACUGCACCUGCGAGAAGUGCAUCCUCAUCAUCGAGCGGCAGCGCGUCAUGGCGGCGCAGGUGGCGCUCCGCAGGCAGCAGGCCAACGAGAGCCUGGAGAGCCUCAUCCCGGAGUCGCUCAGAGUGCUGCCCGGCAUCGGCAUGCCCGGAGCCGGCGAGGGGAACCAGGGAGCCCCGCCGAGGACCGAGGAGCUGGAGCUGAGGUGGAGCAGCGCGGAGGCGGCGCAGGCCGGGGCGCAAACAUGCACAGAGCCCGCGGAGGACGGACCUGAUGAGGUGUCGGGCGGUGAAAACGGGGGGAGCUCCAGUGAGAAGGAGCAGGACCCGGUCAGCUCGCCCGAAGGCUCCAAACCCAACUCCUGCUACACCCCGGAGCCUCCGGAAACCCCCUCACAGCCCGAGGAGAGCCGCUACAGCCUCCCGAAGGCCACCGAGAAGGAGGCCAAAGCCGAGAGCCCGCAGAAGUAUCCCAUCAGCCCCGCGGAGCAGAGCGUGCUGAUCGAGGGCCUCGCCGGCUCCAUCAGUCUGCCCUUCAGCCUCAGAGCCAACCGGCCGCCGCUGGAGGUCCUCAAGAAGAUCUUCCCCGCUCACAAGCCGCCCGUCCUGGAGCUCAUCCUCCGAGGCUGCGGGGGGGACCUGGUGGGGGCCAUCGAGGUGCUGCUGUCCAGCCGGAGUCCUGACGGGAGCGCGCACUCGCACGCCGAGCCGCACCCGGACGCCCUGGUGCUGCCCUCAAACGGACACCUGUUCGAGCACACGCUGGGCUCCUACCACCCGGUGUCCUCCACCGCCAAGUGGUCGGUGGGCUCCGCCUUCCGGGUCCCCGACUCCCUCCGCUUCCCAUCCGACUCGGCCUCGGGCCCGCUGGGUGUCCCCCUGCAGCACCCGUCCUUCCCGCAGCCCACGCGCUACCCGCUCAUGCUGCGCAACUCUCUGACGCGCAGCCAGGCCAGCCCCUUCGUGCACAACGACGUGACUCUGUGGAAUACCAUGGCCCUGCAGCAGCAGUACCAGCUCCGCUCGGCGGCCCAGUACGUGUCGCCUUUCUCCCCCGCAGCCCCCGCCGGCUCCGGCGGGUCUGUGUUCCGCAGCUCGCCCAUCCUCCCCUCCAGAGCCCCCGAGGAGCCGCGCAUCAGCAUCCAGGAGGAGAGCUGCACGCUGGGACCCAAAUCCGGCUUGUACUCCCCCGACGAGGAGUACGAAGAGCGCUCCGACUCCGCAGAUUCCCGCAUCCUGAACUCCUCCACCUAGACUACAAGCUGAUGAUGGACUAAUACAGCAGGGGACACCAAAAAUGUGUUAUUGUGAAUGGACAUCCAGUGUGUGUAAAGUUUGCUUUUUUUUUUCUUUCUUUCUUUCUUUUUUUUUUUGAUGGGGGUGUCUUGUUUCAAUUGAACUGUGUCGAGCAAUCGGCCUUUGAUAAAGGUGAUGUUGAUCCUCCAGCAUCAGGCUUUCAGGAUGUCACAGGCAUCUGAGCGUCAUCGUGUCAUGAUGAAGGGUGGAUGACCCAAACAUGGUAUUUAAAUAAAGGUGAUCAAUAAAUAUCUCUCCUGGUAAAGUGCAGGCCUUAUUUACCCUCCAUAUAAAUUUAGUUUUUAUCCACAAGAAGUUCUUCAGAGGUCUGUGGCUGAAGUUAAACAGAAGAACACUGUACUGUUGAACCACCAGUGGAUUGAGGGCUUUUGGACGUGACCCCUGCUCGGUCUACAAGUGUACACGACCAAAAAUCGGUUGAAUGUAUCUGGAAUGACAUAUUGUUUUGAAAAAUCUGUCAUCUAUUUCCUGUGAGCAUGUUUAGUACUGUGAAAAAAAAAAAGUUUCGAUGUAAGGAUCAUCAAUGCAUGUCAAGAGUAUGCCAAAUAAA